AUGAAGCGCAAGCAUUCCAACACAGCGGCGCUGGCGAACACCCACACGGACACUGCUCCUCCGCCAGCGGCAGCAGCGGAGCCGGCGGCGAGAGAGCGUGUGGCGGAGGGCUUGAGCUUGCACCUCUCCAGCAACAGCACCGGGUACAGGGGCGUGCGGGAGCACUCUGGCCGCUUCCAGGCGCAGCGCAUGGUGGACGGGAGGGCGGACUACCUGGGCACCUUCGGCACGGCGGUGGAGGCGGCGGUGGCGUACGCGCGGGCUGCCGGCGAGUACCAGCCUCCGGCGGUAGCGACGGAGGCGGAGGGCUUGCGCCUGCACCUCUCGAGCAGAGGCAGGACCGGCUACAAGGGCGUGUAUAUUCACAGAGGGCUGAUGACUCCGGCCCAACGGAUGGACGCGCCGCCGCGUGUCGUGCUGGGACUGCCCUUCUUUGCGCAGGUGGACGGAAGACCCGCGCAGGGCUUAGGCUCUUACGCCACGGCGGUGGAGGCGGCGGUGGCCUACGCGCGGGCGGUCGGGGAGUACACGCCUCCACCUCCGCCACCGGCAGCAGCCGAGCCAGCGGCGGCGCCAGCAGCGGCAGAGCCAACUACGCAGGCUCCGGUGACGCAGGCCCGGUUGCGUGUUCGCCACGUAGGACCAGAGGCGACUCUUCGAGGAGGGUCGAGCGGCGGCAUCGUCGACGUCGAUUGCGCGGUGGACGCUCUCGUGGCGGCGGUGCUCGCUGGAGCCCCCCGCGCUGUGCAGGACCCUUGGGGCUGCUUUGGGCUGCAGCGGUUGACGGGCCGCGAGGCGAGCCGGAAGCGGUACCUGCAGCUGGUGCGGCGGCUCCACCCGGAUCGGUGCGGCCACCCGCGCGCCGGAGAGUGCUUCGCGCUCGUCGAGGAGGCGUGGCGAGCCAUCGAGGCGCGCGGGGAGGGCAAGCGGAGCGCCGGAUAG